AGACAGAGAUUUUUUCUGACGCCGUAUGUUUAUUUUUCGCUAUUUUCCAAUCUUAAGCUAUAUUGGGGUCCCUAGCAAUAUAGUGAUUUGACCGAGAAACCGGAGUUCAAAUGAUGAAUUCCAGUUUCGAUCUGUCAAGGCGAAAUCCACAAGAGGAUUUCGAGCUAAUACAGAGGAUAGGAAGCGGGACCUACGGGGAUGUCUACAAGGCUCGAAAUGUUGCAACCGGGGAGUUGGCUGCCAUCAAGGUCAUCAAGUUGGAGCCAGGUGAGGACUUUGCGGUCGUGCAGCAGGAAAUCUUCAUGAUGAAGGACUGCAAGCACUCUAACAUCGUAGCCUACUUUGGCAGUUACUUAAGGAGGGAUAAAUUAUGGAUAUGCAUGGAAUACUGUGGAGGAGGUUCUUUGCAAGACAUAUAUCAUGUUACAGGUCCACUAACAGAACCACAAAUAGCAUAUGUGUCACGAGAAACUCUCCAGGGACUGUACUACCUUCACAACAAAGGAAAGAUGCAUCGAGACAUAAAGGGAGCCAACAUUCUGUUGACUGACAACGGUUAUGUUAAACUAGCUGACUUUGGGGUGUCUGCACAGAUCUCUGCAACUAUUGCUAAGAGGAAGUCUUUCAUCGGAACCCCAUACUGGAUGGCUCCAGAGGUAGCAGCUGUGGAGAGGAAAGGAGGGUACAACCACCUGUGUGAUAUAUGGGCAGUGGGCAUCACUGCCAUCGAACUGGCUGAGCUCCAGCCUCCCAUGUUUGACUUGCACCCAAUGAGGGCCCUUUUCUUGAUGACCAAGAGUAACUUCCAACCGCCGAAGUUGAAAGACAAGGUUAAGUGGACUAACAAUUUUCAUCAUUUUGUGAAGUUGGCAUUGACAAAAAACCCAAAGAAAAGGCCUUCAGCUGACAAAUUAUUGCAGCAUCCCUUUGUCACCCAGCCUCUGAGCCGAACCCUGGCCAUCGAACUGCUGGACAAGGCUAGUAACCCUGACCACACAUCUUACCCUGAGUUUGAUGACGACGAUCCUGAACCUGAGCCGCCAGUGUCUGUUCCACAUAGGAUUCGCUCCACGAGCCGGAACACCCGAGAAGGGAAGACACUCUCAGAGAUUAACUUCGGCCAAGUCAAGUUCGACCCGCCUUUGAGAAAGGAGACGGAGCCACAUCAUGAACCACCCGACACUGACGAUUUUUUGGACUGUGUGGAAGAAAUAUACUACACUGCAAGAUCUAAUCUGGACCUUCAGAUGGAUUAUGGACAGGGCUCUCCUGGUGGCUCCAUCCUGGGUGGAAAUAAGAGUCUCUUGAAAUCCGUUGAAGAGGAAUUAAACCAGAGGGGCCACGAUGCACGUUUAGAAGAUGAUAGUCAUGAUGAUGAUGAUGGUGAUGGUGAUGAUCAUGAUGAUGAUGAAAUGCAACACUCAAAAAGCUCCACCAUGAGACCAAAAGUGCCCCCGCCACUGCCUCCUAAGCCUAAGUCCAUCUCCAGCCCGCACGAGAGUCCUUCUGGUGACCAUGACAACACUCAGGGUACCAUAAAGCGCUGCCCCGCGUCAGAGAGCCCUGGCCGAUCGGCGUCCAACGUCCCGCCGCGGCCUCCGCCCCCUCGUCUCCCCCCGUACAAACUCAGCAGCUUAGGCAAUGGUGUUAGUGCAUCAGAUGUGACUAGGGAAAAAGAAGCUGCUUCAUCAGAAAAACAGUCCACAAUGCCUCCUUCUGGUCCAAUACGGAAGGACAAGAAAGACAUUCCGAAACCUAUCAGCAAUGGUCUUCCUCCAACACCGAAAGUCCACAUGGGAGCUUGCUUCUCUAAAGUCUUUAAUGGUUGUCCUUUGAAAAUUCACUGUGCUACAUCAUGGAUCAAUCCAGACACGAGAGACCAGUACCUGAUAUUUGGAGCAGAGGAGGGUAUUUACACUUUAAAUCUGAAUGAACUUCAUGAGACGUCCAUGGAACAGCUCUUUCCUCGGAGAUGUACGUGGUUAUACGUCAUGAAUAAUAGCCUUCUCUCCAUAUCAGGAAAAGCCUCACAGCUCUAUUCUCACAGUCUGAUGGGGCUUUUUGAGCACGCACGGCAAAUGCAGAAGCUCCCCGUUGCCAUACCAACUCACAAACUGCCGGACAAAAUCAUCCCUAGGAAAUUCUCAGUGUCUAAUAAGAUUCCAGACACAAAAGGAUGUCAAAAGUGUUGUGUAGUGAGAAACCCUUACACAGGUCACAAGUAUCUGUGUGCAGCCUUCCAAUCCAGCAUAGCCCUGUUUGAGUGGGUGGAGCCCAUGCAGAAAUUUAUGCUGGUCAAGAGCAUAGACUUUCCCUUGCCCUGCCCUCUGGAGGUGUUUGAGAUGCUGGUGGUUCCAGAGCACCAGUAUCCCCUCAUCUGUAUGGCUGUCAGCAAAGGAACAGAGCUCAACCAGGUGGUGCGGUUUGAAACAGUCAACCCCAAUUCCACCUCCUCUUGGUUCACAGAGUCAGAAACUCCACAGAGUUGUGUGAUCCAUGUAACACAACUGGAAAGAGACACUAUCUUAGUCUGCCUUGAUCGAUGCAUCAAGAUUGUGAAUUUGCAAGGAAGGUUGAAGUCCAGCAGGAGGUUGUCAGCUGAAUUGACAUUUAACUUCCAAAUCGAGUCAAUAGUGUGCCUACAGGACAGUGUCCUGGCCUUCUGGAGGCACGGCAUGCAGGGCCGCAGCUUCAAGUCAAAUGAGAUUACACAGGAAAUCUCUGAUAACACAAGAAUAUUCAGGCUGCUUGGAUCAGACAGAGUGGUGGUUUUGGAGAGCAGACCUACGGACAACCCUACGGCUCAUAGCAACCUCUACAUCCUGGCUGGCCAUGAGAACAGCUACUGAUUAUGAGGCAUUACAGAAACCAGUCUCACACGCCUAAGAAGGUCAUCAUCAGAACCUUGAGUUUUAGGAGACUGAUUUAAAACACUAUGAGUCUUCACAUCUGCUCUUGUAGGAUCACUGUACCUGUAAUGUGGAAGACUUGAACAACCAUAAAGACUGAGAAUAAAAAUGAUGUCAUUACUCGUUACUCAUGAACUGGAGUCAAGACCCAUGUGAAACACAUUGCUUUUGUUCUCAUUGCCAGCUUUUCUGCACAAGAGGGACUCUUAUUUGUACUGCUUUUUAUUAAUUUUUGGAGGUUUUAUUUAUUUGUUACAGACUUGGGACUUUUGUUCAAAACUAUCUGUUUAUAAAAAGUAUUGCCUCCAAUAUUAGCAUCUGACGCUGACCACACAAGUGCUUGACAGACUCAUAUUUAAUAACUGUAAAUAUAAGUAUAGUAUUAGAUUUUACUCUUUAAAUCCACUAUGUAGAUAUCCAUGCAUAUAUUUUGUACAGGUUUGUCCCAGCUCGGCGGUUGUAAAGGAUUGUUGUAUGUAAACAGUGGUUGUAUGGGUACUAGUUUAAAGGGCUUUUGUGUCCAGAUCAUUGUAUGAUGUACACAACGUUUUAGGAAAACAAAAAGCAGAAGUGCCCAUUUUUCCAAGACUUGCCUUUUCAGUGUUUUUAUUUUUGUUUAUUUUCAAGUGUUUGAUCGAUUUGUCUUGAUAUGAAGCCAAAUGCUGUUUUCUUUUGGAGACUUUUAAUUCAAAGGCCCUCUUAAUUGCUUUUAUCUCAAUUGUAUGCACUCGUUAAAAUUUGCACAAAGUUAUUAAAACGUGUUAUGUAUAUAUGCGUUUAAGUGUAUAUUCAAAUCAUGCACAUAUUUACAUGUAGAUGUAAACGUGUACGUUUUUUGUAAAUCUGUAUACGUCUGUUACUCAAGCAAUAAAUCAGGCUUUUUUCAUGCAUUUUGAAUCCACUUUAAAGGGAGUGUCUAAAAAUUUCAACCAUGCUUAAAAUUCAGAAACUGUGCACAAGUACUGUUGACAUAAUCUUUGUCAUUCACGAGAGAAUUGUACGCUAUUCUUUAUUUUUGACUUCACUUAAUGUCGUAAUUCCUAACACAGCAUCAAGAAAUUGGCAUAAGUAUUGGUCAGAUUGACAUGUUGACUGUAGCCACAUUGCAAGGUGGAAUGCUCCAUUAGUUCUUCUAACCUGUUACAUGCUUGUGAGUGAGUGUAACAACCACAGACUUCUCUCCCCCCUCUCUUGUACA